AUGAACGAGCUGAAGAGGCCUGCCGACGAGCACGUCAGAGACCCAAAACGGGCCAAGCUGGAAAACAGUGAUUUAUCUGAGCUUCAGAACAUGAAUUUUCUCCCAGAAAUUGGUACCCAGCCAGUGAAAUCCGACAGUAACGAACCUGAGAUCACGAAAAAUCCAAACGAACUAGACAUCAACGCCACCACAGAAGGAUCGAGCGACGAAUCAGAAGAUGAAAAGGAACUCUCUUCCAAAAUCAUAGCAAUACCAGGAACAAACAUAGUGCUGGAUUCGGAGGAAGACAUUCAAAAAUGGAUUGAAGAGCGACGUAAAAACUGGCCAACGAACAAAAGAAUACAAGAAAAGAACAACUUGCAGACGAAGCAGGCGCAGGCGAAUCCUAGUGGGCCACAGAACCGCCGUGUGUGCCGGUUUUGGCAGAACUCGCGCAAUUGCAAAAAUGGAGCAAAGUGCAGGUUUCUCCAUGAAUCGGGCCCUCAGAGGCCUCGACAACUCCCUAACCAUAAAGUAAAACAAAUCCAGGGAUUGUCUGUGCAGAUUCCGCAACGGUUCACUCCGCUAGUUCACAAAGGUCGCUCAUUGCACAAUCUGGUGGCAGAGAGAGAAAUGCUCGAUGAAAACGUUAGACUGUUGGGAAUAUUUAAGAAAUUGAUUGAAAACAACCUUAUACAGGACUGGACGGAGCUGAAACAACGCCUCAAUCUCGAUAAGCUGGACUAG